UUUCAUCUCCGUACAAGGAUCUGCACAUGCGCAGGGGCCGGUCAGUGUUAAGGCGCCUGUGCAGGGCUCGGGCUGCGCAUGCGCAGUCGUGACGCGGGUCUGGUUCCAUCGGGUCGGUGGCGGUGGCGGAAGCUGAGCGGGGCCGCGGGAGCCGCCGAGCAACAUGGCGGAACCCGGCCGACCCCAGCGGAAAAUGUCCCGGGCUGGGGAGAGUUUGUACAGAGUCCUGGGCCUGGAGAAGGGGGCUUCUUCAGAGGAGAUCAAGAAGGCAUACAGGAAACUGGCCCUGAAGUACCACCCAGACAAAAACCCCGAGAAUCCCGAGGCAGUGGAGAAGUUCAAGGAGAUCAACAAUGCGAACGCGACGCUGAAUGAUGAGAACAAGCGGCGGAUCUAUGACGAGUAUGGCUCCAUGGGGCUCUACGUGGCGGAGCAGUUUGGCGAGGAGAGUGUCAAAUACUACUUCCUCAUGUCCAAGUGGUGGUUCAAGGCCUUGGCUGUGUGCUGUGGCAUCUUCACCUGCUGCUGCUGCUGCUGCUGUUGCUGUUUCUGCUGCGGGAAGUGCCGUCCGCCUGAGGACGAGGACUCCUACAAGUAUGUCAACCCCGAGGACCUGGAGGCGCAGAUCCAAGCUGAGGCUGAAGAGACCCAGACACCCAUUGUGGUGCAGCCCCUGCCUGCAGCAGCUGGAGAGGAGCCGCUGCCAGACGCCAGCCUCAGGACUGACGCAUGAGGCCAACUUUGACCUGCUGACUGCCUGUGCCCUCGCCUGGACUCUGGGUGGGAACCCCACUGGAACUGGCGCUGCCUGGGGUUCCUGGCCCCUGUGCUGGGGGCAGCCAGGCCACCUGGCUGCGGCUCAAAUCUCAGGUAAACUGGCAACGCCUGUGGGGCAGCCGUUCCUGCAAGGACUCGCUCCUGCGGCCUGCGCCUGCCCAAGGCUCCUCAUGCUGUGACUUCUCUGGCUGCUGCAGCAGCUGCUGACUGGCCAGGCUCCCUGCCCUGGCAUUGCUGCACAAGGAACCUGAGACUGGAAACCCCUGGGUAACCCCCCCCACCCCCCCACAGGAGGCUGCACUGCUGCGCAGCCCCCCUCCCUCCCUCGGCCAGUCACUCACCACCAGCACCCGCCUGGCUUCUCCUCAGCCGGGCCCCUCCCCCCACGCCCCGCAGACACCGAGCUCGCAGGGCCCUGGCUGAGAAGCACAAGCUUGUGCCCCAGCCGUGCAGCCUGGAGUCAAAGGAGACCAACCCCACUGUAACUAGCCCAUGGAGACGGGGCAGCCGCAGGCUGAGCCUGCCGGGCACCCUGCUGCUUCCAGGGGCCUGUCCCUUCCCUGUGUUGGGUGCCAAACGCAGCUCUCCGGGCAGGCGUGGUCCUGGCGGGCAGUGCACUCACUGCCUGCUUGCACUGUGGCUUACAGCACCCCUCCCUCAGCGCGCCUGGCCUGGCCUGGCCUCCACGUGGCACAGACCGAACCUAAGUCACUGUGUCUGAGCCUCAGGGGUGUCCCUGCCGGCGCCCUGGGGCCCACUGGGACGGUGUGUCAGGGCAAUAAAGGAACCUGUUGUCUGGCCUCGGUGGCACCAUUAAAGGCUGCUGGGGGGCUUCUCUCACCGUGGUCUGAGCCCAUGACUUGCACCUGUGCAGCCAGCUCCCUGCCCAGCCUUGCUCCAGGCUAUGUCCUCAGGAGCGUGUCCUGAGCCAGGCUGUGUGCAGCUCCUCUCGCCCGGGGCCCAGGACUGGCCCCAGCACCGGGGGCCCAGCGGGUCUAGCACUGUCGCAUUACUGUGUGCUGAGACCCAGUGAAGGGGGGGUGGUCACAGCUGGGCGGGAGCCUUCCCUGCAGGGGCUGUCAGCUGGACAGUGAGGGACCAGAGAGGGGGAGAGACAUGGCUGGACCUCAGCGUCUGCUGCCUGUGGCCACCUCCCUGCAGAGCAGGAGCAGGGGCAGGGUCCUUGCUCAGCCCUCAGCCCCUGGCAGCUGCACUGCUAGCCACGCAGCCUGGCUUGAGCAUGGAGGAAGGAGUGAGCCCACUGGGCAAUCCGAGCGUCCCUGUGAACAGAGCCAAAGCUGCCUAGUUCUUGUAUAACCUAUAACUUGCCUGCGGAACUUCCUGCCACCGCAUGCUGCGUGGGGUGAGGAGAGAGCCAGGACAAGGGCACCCUCGGCUCUGGGGCUGUCUGCUAACAGCUGGGG